GUGAAGACUGAAGAGCCAUAUAAAUUUCGUAUUUCUAUUUAUUUCAGAAAAAAUAAAAACCAUAUUAAAAUAAAUCGCCAUGGGGAAAGGGAAGGGUAAGCAGCGGAAGCAGAUAAUUCUGCCGCCGGAACUCCCACCGGAGAUAGCAGAAGAUGAGAUUGAAGUCUCUGACGAGGAUCUCCAAUUCGUUGAUCAAAACAAAGACUACGCUGGCUUCGUCUCUCGCUUGGAUACUCAUUCUAUUAACAAGCAAGUCACACGGGUGGAGGGUGUGAGCGAAGAUGCUUUGGAGGCUUUAUAUGAGAAACGAAGAAGGAAGGCGUUGGAGCACAAAGAGAAUGAGAGAAGUGUUGUUGAAGUUGCUCCAGUUGAUGCUCUUCCUGUCAAGUCUUUGGAUGGAGAAGUUUAUUACCGAACAUUUUCCCAGACAGCAGAAGUGGCUGAAAAUGAAGGGGAUGUAGAUAAGAGCAUGGUUAAGAUGACAAAAGCUGAAAGGAGAGCAAAGCUUAAAAAAAGUAAGAAAGAGGCUAAGAAACUGGGGAAGGAAUCGGCUAAAACCGAAGAAGUGCAACCAACUCAACAAGAAGCCGCACUAGCAGAAGUGAAAGAAGACCUCACGGCUGAAGAAGCAUUUGAAACCAAAAAGCGUAAGCUAGCUGAUCUUGGGAUGGCAUUACUUGCAGACCCAGAGACAAACAUUAAGUCUCUUAAAGAGAUGUUGCAAUUUACCAAAGACGGCGAUAACACAAUCGUAAAGCUUGGACUGCUUUCCUUGUUGGCUGUCUUCAAAGACAUUAUUCCUGGCUACCGGAUUAGACUUCCAACUGAAAAAGAGCUAGAAAUGAAAGUUUCCAAGGAAGUUAAAAAAAUGCGGUUCUAUGAAUCAACACUUCUAUCAGCUUAUAAGGGCUUCCUGCAAAAGUUGUUAGCGUUAGAAAAGCAGCCUAUAUUUCAUCAUGUUGUGGUUCGUUGUGUUUGUACUUUGCUUGAUGCUGUUCCUCACUUCAACUUCAGAGAAAGCUUGUUAGUAGCUGUUGUCAGAAACAUAGGCUCCUCAGAUGAUGUUGUAAGGAAACUUUGUUGUUCAACUAUAAAGUCACUUUUUACCAAUGAGGGGAAACAUGGAGGUGAAGCUACUGUUGAGGCCGUUCGGUUGAUUGCGGAUCAUGUCAAAGCUCAUGAUUGUCAACUGCAUCCUGAUUCUGUUGAGGUCUUAAUGUCUUUGUCAUUUGAUGAUGAUCUGUGGAAGCCGGAAGUUCAAGAAGAUAAUAAUAACAAAAUGAAGAGCAAGAAAAAUAAAAAGAGGAAGAAUUUUGAGGAGUCGAAUCAACUGCAAGGAAAUAACAGAAAGAUAAGUAAGAAAGAAACUAUAGCAAAGAUGAAGGAAGAGGUUGCUGCAGAUUAUAAAUCUGUAUCUUAUACACCAGAUGUUGUGGAAAAGAAGAGAAUGCAGUCUGAGACACUUUCUGCCGUAUUUGAGACAUAUUUCCGCAUCCUGAGGCAUACCAUGCAAUCAUCUGUAGUCAGUUCUGAAGCGAAUGGUAAUAUAACUUCUAGUGGAUCUGGUGCACAUCAUCUGCUAGCUCCUUGUUUGAGUGGUUUAGGAAAGUUUUCUCAUCUGAUUGACCUGGAUUACAUUGGGGAUCUUAUGAAUUAUUUGAAAAGGCUGGCCGCUAGAGGUACCAAUUCAGAUGGUUCUGCCCAGAAAGUGCAGAAUUUGACUGUCUCUGAGCGCCUUCACUGCUGCAUUGUUGCUUUUAAAGUUAUGAGGAGCAAUCUUGAUGCUUUGAAUGUUGAUUUACAAGACUUUUUUGUCCAGCUUUACAAUCUUGUGCUUGACUACAGGCCUGGAAGGGAUCAAGGUGAAGUUUUAGCCGAGGCUCUUAAGAUAAUUCUAUGUGAUGAUAGGCAACAUGACAUGCAAAAGGCAGCUGCAUUUGUAAAACGCUUAGCCACGUUUUCUUUAUGCUUUGGAUCUGCUGAAUCCAUGGCUGCCUUGGUAACAUUAAAGCAGCUUCUUCAGAAAAAUGUAAAGUGCCGAAAUCUAUUAGAAAAUGAUGCUGGUGGUGGCUCCGUGUCAGGAUCAAUUGCCGCUAAAUACCAACCAUAUGGCACAGACCCCAGCUUAAGUGGGGCUCUUGCUUCAGUACUUUGGGAACUGAAUCUUCUGUCUAAACACUACCAUCCAACUAUAUCGACACUGGCCUCAGGCAUCUCAAGCAUGAAUUCUGCCCAGAACCAGGUUUAUAUCAACAUUUCUCCUCAACAAGCUUUUAAGAACUUGUCGUUGGAAGAGGGUUUGUUCAAAUUCAACCCUCAGAGCAGUACCCAGAAAUCAAAUAACAAGAGGAAAAUCAGAAGCACUGCACUCCCCUCAAUGUUGGAUAGAGAUGAGCCUUCCCCGAUCGACGAAAACGAGGUCAGCAAGAAGCUCGGUAGGCAUUUUGCUCUCCUUCGGGACAUUAAAGAGAACGAGAGAUUAAGGGGGGAACUGGAUCGGACAACAUCAUCGUUGCAGUUAUAUGAAGAAUACAAGAAGCAACGGAAGUCGGCCAUUAAGAAAAGCAAGAAAUGCACAAGUGCUAGGGUUUGAACUUGAGAUAAAAUUCAUUUUGGUAAGUUUCCAUUUGAUAAUGCUGUUUAUUAUUACAGUUUCGGUCUAAGUUUUAAGUGCAGACGUCUUGAUUUCACAAAGAUUACUAAAAACUUGAAAAUUAUUGCAAUGGUCAGAGGCAAAAGGAACAUCAUAUUUUGAUUC